AAGAGGAAAAAAAUCUGGCCAGCUUUUUUCAAGAUUCGCUUUUUUUUUAUUUUUUAACUCUUCGAUUUCUAUCUCGUUCUGGUGAAUUUCGCGGAGGAUUUGGUUGAGUUUUUGAUGAUUUCUCCUCAAAAUUUUGCAGCAUUGAAGCCAGGAAUUCAAUCCCAGCACUUGAUUCUCCGGGGCAAUUGGUUAUUGGCAUUGAUUGUUGAUGUUUUAUCGCGGAAUUGGAAGGUUGUGUGAAUUGGAAUCUUUGAUAGUUUGAUUGCCGAAGUGAUGAAAAAGGGUUGGUGAAUGUAGACAUUAUUGGUAGAAUAUUCGAUUGUAGGUUUUUUUUAAUUGGAUUUUUUUAUUCCAAGCUUCCAAUUUGGAGAUAGAUUGAUGUUGAAGAGAAAGGGCGGAUUUUGAGGCUAAUAGUUAGCAGUGAUUGGGAUUUCAUACCUAAUCGAAUUGAAGAAUCGCAUUCCUUUCGCUGGGAUUGGAUUGUGAAAGGAUUUGUAGCUUGUUUUAGAAAAAGUUAUUUGUUUUUUUUUUUUUAAGGUUAAUUUGCAAUCAGGAGUUGCGUUUAGGUUAAUCAGAGAGAGUUGGAUACCAAUUAGGUGGUUUUUGAUCGGAAGUUGGUUCUUUUCAUUCAUUUUUGGAUCAUGGAGCAUGUCAUUGGUGGAAAAUUUAAGCUUGGCAGGAAGAUUGGAAGCGGAUCAUUUGGCGAGUUGUAUGUUGGUGUUAACAUACAGACGGGAGAAGAAGUGGCCAUCAAGCUGGAACCAGUUAAAACAAAGCACCCUCAGCUUCAUUAUGAAUCAAAAUUGUAUAUGCUUCUUCAAGGAGGAACUGGAAUCCCCCAUCUAAAGUGGUUUGGUAUGGAGGGAGAGUAUAAUGCUAUGGUGAUUGAUCUCCUUGGGCCAAGCCUGGAAGACUUGUUCAACUACUGCAAUCGAAAGUUCACAUUGAAAACUGUUUUAAUGCUCGCCGAUCAGUUAAUAAACCGUGUUGAAUAUAUGCAUUCACGGGGCUUUCUUCAUCGUGAUAUUAAACCAGACAACUUCCUUAUGGGUCUAGGGCGUAGAGCAAAUCAGGUUUACAUCAUUGAUUAUGGUCUUGCAAAAAAGUAUAGAGACCUUCAAACACAUAAGCACAUACCAUACAGGGAGAACAAAAACCUCACAGGAACAGCACGCUAUGCAAGUGUUAAUACCCAUCUUGGGGUUGAACAAAGCAGGAGAGAUGAUUUGGAAUCUCUUGGUUAUGUGUUCAUGUAUUUUUUGAGAGGAAGCCUUCCCUGGAUGGGUUUGAAAGCUGGCACUAAAAAGCAGAAGUAUGAUAAGAUAAGCGAGAAGAAAAUGCUUACUCCAGUAGAGGCACUAUGCAAGUCAUAUCCUUCAGAAUUCAUCUCAUACUUUCAUUAUUGUCGAUCCUUGAGAUUUGAGGACAAGCCAGAUUAUUCUUAUUUGAAGAGGCUUUUCCGAGAUCUCUUCAUACGAGAAGGCUAUCAGUUUGAUUAUGUAUUUGAUUGGACAGUAUCAAAAUACCCACAAAUCAGUACUAAUGCAAGGGCACGGCUCGGUGGAAGAACAAGUGGCAUGGUAGGAUCAUCAGCAGGAAGGGAUGAAAAAGCUACAGUUGGAGAUGAGAUUCGCGAUAAGUUCUCAGGUGCAGUUGAAGCAUUUGCUAAAAGAAACAGUUCCGGUUCUGGUCAUCAUGGUGAUAAUAAUUCAAAGCAUAGAAUUCAUGAAGAUUCACCAAUAUCUUCUAAAGAUGAUUCUCGCAAUGCCGGAACUUCAAAGCGGGCUGUCAUUUCAACCAGUCGUCUGAGUUCUGGUGAACACAGCGAGCAACAGUUCAGUCGGACAAGCCGGCUUGUCUCGAGUGGCGCCAGCCGUUCAUCAAAUGUCCAAAAGGUUUAUCAGUCUGCACAUGAAUCUGGUUCUUCAUCUCUCUCGCGCAAUACUGCAACCCGAGUGUCUCAUGAUGAUCCUCUCCGCAACUUUGAGCUUCUAUCCAUCGGCGCAGACAAAAGAAAGUGAAAUCGAAAGAAACAAAUUGCCGGUAAAAGACUGAGUAUUUCAUUUGUUGGUGAAUUCAUGUCCAUGCUGUUUUAUCUGCUUCAUGCUGAUAUAGGUGAUAUAUGCCGAUAAACCUGAAUACGAUACACCGCCGUUUACUUAUGUAGAUAAGAUCAAUCAUUUUAUAUAUGAUCAAGAUGAACAGCAAUUCAAUCAUAGUUUAGAUGCAAAUUGUGGUCAUGGCUUCAUCUCAUUGGAGAUGGAAAGAACUUGUAAUUAAAUCUCUUAUAGAAAGGACAAAAGUUCUUCUGGAUAUAUAUUGUUCAUAUGAUGCUUCUCAUUUGAAUAAAAAGAACAAUUCUUGAUA